AUGGAUAGACAUUACUGCAGUCCACGAUCGUAUCUAUGAUAUGGCUUGAUCGGGUGCUCACCAAUGGCUUUGCCUUUUCACAAGAGAAACCCUACGGCCUGGAAACCUUCAAGGACAAGAAAGCCAUGCUGUCCUUAACCACUGGGUCUCUAGAAUCCAUGUUCAGUCCAACUGGUAUUAAUGGAGACAUGAACGUCACACUGUGGCCACUACAGAAUGGCAUCCUGCACUACUGUGGCUUCCAGGUUCUGGCCCCUCAGAUCUUCUGGGCUCCGGCUCUUGCUGCUGCUGAAGAUCGUCAGAACAUGCUGGAGAGCUGGCGCACACGACUGCAAGGCCUGCUGGAGGAGAAGCCCCUGUCCUUCACUCCCUUGGACUGUUUUGAUGAGAAGACUUUCCAGUUGAAGCCUGAUGUCCAUGAGAAACAUGCCAGUGAAGAGUUUGGUCUGACUGUGUGCAUCCACCUGAACAAACCACUGCCUCCUCACAACCAGAUGAAGGCUGGAUGCUGAGAUGUUGCCAUUUUAUGAUCAAUAAAAGCUGAUUAAUUCUGGAGA